AUGGAGGAGAAACCAAAAGAUGAUGCCGCUAAAGAGGAGUCUUCGUCCUAUCAGAGAAGAAUGUGGAAGAAUUUUCAAGAGAAAACGAAACCGUUUUUAAGUCCUAAACUGGGUACCGAACGACGCAGCGGUGACGGCAAAAAGGAAACUGGGCUGUGGAUGUUCAAACGUAAAAAGAAACAGGUUUUGGACCGCGUCUUCUCGUCCUCUCAGCCGAAUCUCUGUUGCUCAACUCCACCAUCUCUCGAGGCCGACAGAUCCCUGGGUAGUAACCAGGAUCCGAGUCGCGGCAAAGGGCAAGGUGUUUCACCACUAGCGUCCACCGAUGGAGCAUCGGCAAGCAAGCCGGAGCUAUCAGGACACGGAAGCCCCAAGCUAACAGUUUCUCAUCUGGUUAUGUCCCAUCAGAAGAGCUCGUCCUUGGGUUCGGCAUGCUUCGAAAAACUGGUGGUUGAUUCGUCCGCAUGCAGCGACGAGGAGCAGCUGCGUAAAAACGCCAGCGACUCUGGUAUAAAUAUUGUGGAGACCAGUAAUGCGGAGUCUCUGGCUCCUGUCAGCCCAGGGAUGUACCAGCUGGACAUCAUUCUGAGGAGGGGACAAAACCUCGCCAUCAGGGACAGGGGAGGAACCAGUGACCCGUAUGUGAAGUUUAAGAUAGCGGGGAAGGAGGUGUUCCGCAGUAAGACCAUUCAUAAGAACCUUAACCCGGUGUGGGACGAGAAAGUGACCCUGUUGGUGGAGAACCUGAGGGAACCGCUCUAUGUGAAGGUCUUUGAUUAUGAUUUUGGGCUGCAAGAUGACUUUAUGGGCUCAGCGUAUCUUUAUCUGGAGUCUCUGGAACACCAGAGGACACUGGAUGUGACCCUUGACCUGAAGGAUCCUCAUUAUCCCGACCAUGACCUGGGUACCCUGGAUCUGGCCGUCACCCUCUCGCCUAAAGAGGGUGAUUUCAGAGAAGCUAAUAUGCUUUUGAGAAGGAGCUGCAAAAGGUCCAGUAAGCACCAGAGUCUAAGGUUAUCAGAAGGUCACAGGAAAUCUCAGCUGUGGGUAGGAAUUGUGAGCAUCAGUCUGAUCGAGGGUCGUAACCUCCAGCCCAUGGACGCCAACGGCCUCAGUGACCCCUACGUUAAGUUCAGACUGGACCAUCAGAAAUACAAGAGCAAGACAAUACCCAAAACCCUGAACCCACAGUGGAGAGAGCAGUUUGACUUCCACCUGUAUGAGGAACACGGAGGCUUCAUAGACAUCACUGUGUGGGACAAAGAUGUUGGCAAAAGAGACGAUUUUAUGGGCAGGUGUCAGGUGGACCUGUCGACUUUGUCUAAGGAGCACACACACAGGUUGGACCUAACGUUGGAGGAGGGGGAGGGCACGUUGGUGUUGCUCGUCACUCUCACCGCGUCUACCGCUGUCUCCAUCUCUGACCUCUCCGUCAACAUACUCGACGACCCGCACGAGAGAUGCCAGAUCCUCCAGAGAUAUAGCUUGCUGAGGUCUUUUAACAACAUAAAAGAUGUGGGUGUGGUACAGGUAAAGGUCAUCCGAGCAGAGGGACUAAUGGCGGCAGACGUAACAGGCAAGAGUGAUCCCUUCUGUGUAGUGGAGCUUAACAACGACCGACUGCAGACACACACUGUUUACAAAAACCUCAACCCAGAGUGGAACAAAGUCUUCACAUUCAACGUGAAAGACAUCCACUCGGUGCUAGAGGUGACUGUGUUUGAUGAGGACAGAGACAGGAGUGCAGACUUCCUGGGAAAAGUGGCCAUUCCUUUGUUAAACAUCCAAAACGGAGAACGCAAAGCUUACGCCUUGAAAAGCAAGGAGCUGACGGGGCCAACAAAAGGGGUCAUCUUUCUCGAAAUAGACGUGAUUUAUAAUGCUGUAAAAGCUGGUCUCAGAACCCUAGUACCCAUUGAACAGAAGUAUUUUGAAGAAGAACCCAGAGUUUCCAAACAGUUGCUGUUGCGGAAUUUUAACCGUGUAAGACGGUGUGUUUUCUUCCUCAUUAAUGUGGGCUGCUACAUCAACAGCUGUUUCGAAUGGGAGUCCCCUCAACGUAGCAUCUGUGCCUUUCUGCUUUUUGUAGUCGUUGUGUGGAAUUUCGAGCUCUAUAUGAUUCCGUUGGCCCUCCUGCUACCGCUCGCCUGGAACUAUAUUCUCAUCACCUCGGGGAAGGACACGAGGCAGGGAGAUGUGGCAGCUGUUGAGGACCUCCUGGAGGAUGAAGAUGAAGACUUUGACAAAGAUGACAAGGUCCCGGGACCUGCUCACUCAGGUGAUGCCAGACUGUGGGACAACCAAGUCCUUGAGGAUAUUUUGGCUUCUUGGCACUUUGAGUGGAUUCGCGUGAUGGUGGACUCUGAGAGGAAGGGCUUUAUGAAUAAGCUCUAUGCUAUUCAGGAUGUGUGUAUAAGUGUACAGAAUGCCUUGGAUGAGGUGGCAUCAUACGGAGAGAGGAUAAAAAACACUUUUAACUGGACUGUGCCUUUCCUGAGUUGGUUGGCCAUCGUAGCACUGUGUGUGGCCACUAUCCUUGUUUACUUCAUUCCCCUCAGAUACAUAGUCCUGGCCUGGGGGGUGAACAAAUUCACUAAGAAACUGAGAGACCCUUACACCAUCGACAACAACGAACUGCUGGACUUCCUCUCCAGAGUCCCCUCAGACGUCCAAGUGGUGCAGUACCGAGAACUGAAAGUGGAUCAGAGUCACAGCCCGAAUAAACGAAAGAAAACCAACCCGGGGUAG